AUGGCAUUGGUGGAGGUAAAGUCGGAGGUGCCUGUGGAGGAACCAUCUUCUCUGGCACAGGCCUCGCCAAAGAAGAGGAAUGCCAAGCCAAAGAAGCAAGGCUGCAAGCGUCCACCGGCUGUUAGAUCCUCGUUUGCAGAUGCCAGAACUCCUUUGGAUGGUGUGGAGCGCCGCAGUGCCUUGAACCGCAUCUACGAGGAGAGAAGGCAGAAGAAGCGCAAAAUGAGUCAGGACAUCGAGUCCUCAGCCGCUGCCUCUGCGCCAGAUUUCCGCCCACUGAAGGAUAAACUGAACGACAAGUUUCGAGAUGCCGCUCACUUGUUGUUCGACACCCAGACGGUGGUGAAGCAGGAGAUGACGCGCUUGGAGCAGCAGGGCCGUGCACUUUGCGUGGAUUAUGAGGAGCGGCGGGAUUUCUUGAUUCUGUUGAGGGCACGCCUCCUUGGGCUUCGUCUCGAGGCUUCGGAUGAUGAGGAAACAAACGAUCAGGCACUCGCAGCCUAG